AUCCCCUCUCCUUUCUCACCCCCAGCACACAACAAAAACUUCAAUUCCCACCAUCCGCUUGUCCCUUCGCCUUAGGAAUCCUCCUCCUCUUCCUCCUCAAUGGCGGACAUUCGUCAGCAGCAGCCGCUAUCCCACCAGGUGGUCAAGGCGGCCACCGCGGUGACGGCUGGUGGGUCGCUUCUGGUUCUUUCGGGCCUGAUCCUAGCUGGGACUGUGAUUGCACUAGCUCUGGCCACGCCUUUGCUGGUGAUUUUCAGCCCGGUGCUGGUCCCCGCGGGGAUCACGGUGUUUCUGCUGGUCACCGGGUUCCUGUCUUCGGGAGGGUUUGGGGUGGCAGCGUUGAGCGUGCUGUCCUGGAUUUACAGGUACGUGACGGGGAAGAACCCGCCGGGAGCGGACCAGCUGGACCGGGCAAGGCAAAAGCUGGCUCUUAAGGCUAGGGAGAUGAAGGACAGGGCUGAGCAGUAUGGGCAGCAGAACAUACCUGCCGGUUCCCAGCAGCACUAGAUUUGAUAAUUUAAGCCAAUGAUCAGCUCCAAUUCCAGUGGUGUGGAUAGGUGGAAUUGUCAUGUAGCUGGCUAGUUUUAUCCUAAGUCAGGAGAUCAUAGACGGUCGAUCCUGUGGGUUGUGGUAUUCAUGCAUUAUUGUCUUUCGUUAAUUUCUUCGAAUUUGUAAUGUCUGGGAUGAGUUUCCAUCGCUUUUUAUAUAUAUAUAUAUACUAGGUAAUGACUUCCCACGCAAGGCG